AUGGAUAAGUAUAUUAAUGGGUAUAGUGAUGUUUCAGUUCAUCAUUUGAUGCUUAAGGAUGAUGAGAGAACACGUUCUUAUAUGGAAGCUAUUGAAAAUUGUAGGGAACUUUUUGAAAAUAAGAUAGUUCUAGAUGUUGGUUGUGGUACAGGAAUCCUGUCAUUAUUUGCAGCUAGAAAUGGUGCAAAGAGGGUAUAUGCUAUAGAAUGUAGUGAAACAUUUUACUUAGCAAAGCGUAUAGUUGAAGAUAAUGGUAUGUCUAGCAAAAUUCAGGUUAUUUAUGGGAUAAUUGAAGAAGUCGAACUACCUAUAAAGAAAGUAGAUAUCAUUGUUUCAGAAUGGAUGGGAUUCUAUCUUUUACAUGAGGGAAUGUUGGAUAGUGUGAUAUAUGCUAGAGAUAAAUGGUUAGAUAGAAGUAAUGGCCUAAUUUUUCCUUGUUUAGCAACGAUCUAUAUAUCUUUAGCUAACAUCUCAGAAUUUUGGAAUACCAAUUUUGAAAGCUUUGAUAACUUUUAUGGUUUUGAUUUUUCUGCGUUAAAAAAAACUUUACUUUCAACUUAUCUCAAUGUACCGUCCAUUAUAAGUAUUUCAGAUGAAGCUGUUAGAAAUUCUUCAGUUGAGAAAGUUUUUUUUCUAAACCUUUAUAAAAUUAAUAGGCAAGAUCUUGAUGAUCUUAAAAGGGUUGUAAUAAUUAAAGUUACUGAUACAAUCGAACAGGUUCAUGGAUUUGCUUUUUGGUUUGAUGUACAAUUUCCCUCUAAAAGUGAGACUGAACGAAAUAUGCAAAGGAAUGAAGCUCAAAUCUUGUGCAAUUACGAUCAACUAAUACUGAAUACUGAACUAUGCUGUUAUAAAGAAGCAGUAGUUCUUUCAACUUCUCCUUAUUCAAAGGCAACACACUGGAAACAGAGUAUAUUAUUGUUACAUAGUCCACUAAAAGCAAACAAAAACUUAAAUUUGACUUGCAAAGUAUCAAUGAACAGAAAUAGAAAUGAAUCUCAUCGUUUCUACUCAAUAUCUGUAGAUGUUAUAGAUACUAAUGAAUAA